AGGCAUAUAACUGCGUGGUAAACGGUACAUUUCCAAUACUUCACAUCACUUCCGCGUCCCACGUGUCAAUACCAUAAACUUUAUUGUUAAUGCGGGCUAUGGUUAAUAUCGUACUCGGCAUGCUUCCGUGGCGCAGUAGCAGAUAAACCAGUAAAACGGUAAAAGUGUGGCCAGGCUUCCCACUAACUUGAAUGCACCAACAGCGCCACAGUUGGUGUAAGCUUUCAAGAUGGAUGCACGGGCUCGAUAGGUUUCUGUUUCUUUUUCGACCCCAACUCUUAACCUAAUGCGUUUGCCCACGUUAUUUGGAAUUACGCGGAGGAAGGACAUUUAGAAAUAACCAUAUGUUGACCCGGAAAGGCGGAAAAAGGGAAUCAUUCUGUGGUUAAAUGGCAUACGCAAUAAACAUCGAAGAUUUUUAACUUCCUGGUUGGCCGUCGUGGAACCAUGUCUGUACAAAGUGUUUUGAAAGGACAAACGACACUUAAAGAACAUUUUGACAACGAAUUUGAGGGGAUUUUUAGUAAUGCUAUUGCGUUUAGGACCAGACGGGGCUGUUUUCCACACAUGCCAAAAGGAGAAGGACAGAUUUCAUAAGUGUUGAGCAAUGGAAAGUGGUAAUGGCGCUUCAUCGAACACAGGUAUUUUUAUACCUGUUCCAGUGAAUUCUGACGUCUUUAACGACAGCAUUUUGACACAACUUCAAAGUGCGUAUUUGUUUGAAGAAUCAAAGCACUCUUUCAGAUACACGUCUGCAUUUUUGAUUAAAAAUCCCGCACUAGAAGACAAGUACAAUGCCUGUCGAGAGAAAAGGAGAGAACAAGGUUAUUCAGACAAAGACUUGAAGGAGACCUACGGGUUUUUAUUGUUUGAUCAACUGAACAAGGUAAAAUCAAUUGGAGAAACUGGUCUGAUAGCUGAAAAUGGGACAUGUACAACUUUGGGAGAUCCCACUAAGGGUGUGUAUCUGUCAAUGUACUCUGACUGUUUGGAUCUAAAUUGCUGGUACCACGGGAAGUCAGGGUACAUUGCCAUUGUAAAGAUUACAGCGGGGAGAAUUAAAAAGGUUUCUGAAAACUACACUCAGAACUUGACUGAGCCUACAGUGGGGUUUGAUUGCCAUGUUUCUGAACAGUUGCCAUCAGUCUCUUCAAAAACAAGCUCAUUUCUGGCAUUUGAAAGGACACAGUACUACUUAUAUGAGUUGCUUGACAAUGGAAGUACCGCCCUAUCUCCCAGCCUUGUUUGUCCGUAUGCGGUUGUAGCAUUUUCAUACACAGACAGCAAAGUAACACUUGAAACCCAACAGAAAAACUGCGAAGAGAAAAAAGCUGCUUGUCCAUAUUCACCCUGGAUGGGGAAACUUCAGAUCGGUGCCCAGAUAUUCGAUAUUGGGAUUAGAUCAACAGCGGGUGCCUUGGCCUGGGCAAAAUUGUCUCCAAUAAUUAAAGUUGAAUAUGCGAUUUCGAUGUUAAUUCUCAGAAAGUUGCUGCCAAAAGCCAUCUUUGAAACAACUUUUAAUGGACAAGCUCUUCUAGAACACAUAUUCUGCAGUCUGUGUGAAAUAGUAGCUUUAAGUUUGGAGGAAAAAGAGCGCCUGACACCUCUUUUGCUGGAAAUUAAAAAACAAGAUGCUGCACUUGUUAUUGCAUUGAAUGAUGGGGGUUUUCUGGUCCUAAUUCAUGACUCCAAUUUUAUCUUGCACGAUAAAGAUAAUGAGAUAACCACCAAUAAAGUGCUGCAAGGUGUGUUUGUGUUUCCAGAGACACAAAUUACCCAGAGAGACAUAAAAACUGAACGAACGAAGCAGACCGUUCCAUCAGAUGCCCUACGUGUCUUGCCUUUGCUGAGCUAUGCUGAGGGAGAAAUUGAGAAAACAAGCAUCAAGCCAAAUGAAGAUCUCUGUGACGUAAUUGUCCAACAUAUGCAGAGUUAUGCCACUCUGAUAAGUCCGGGUCUUCCUCUAAGUCCCUUACGAGAAGUUGAUAUCUUCCCUGACCAAUAUGACGUGCUUGAUGACCAUCAGCACCUGUAUUCAACCCCUGAGUGGACAGACAUUCAGUGGCAAAGGCUGAAGUCAUACUUCAGUAAUGCAAACUCGUUUCAGCUACCUGUUUGCAAGGCUUCGGACAUCUUAGUAGCUGGACAAGAGGCACAACAGGAAGAGCUUGAGGAUGACAUUUAUAUCUGUUUGUCAUCUCCAGAAGAGCCAUCAACCACUGUGAUAAGCACUGAGUCAGAGGACAGACUAGACCAGAAAUGUUCUUCACCUAUUGAGACCUCUCAGUUGUUGGUACCUUGUGUUUUACCCGCUCAAGAGAAAACCUCUGAGAUACUGGACUCCACUGUUUUUACCGACAACAGUGACGUUUCUAUGGAAACAAAAGAUAUGCCGUUGAGAACUGUUGAACAUUCUGAGGAGUUGAUUGUCAGUAUCACUUCCGCAGAUGUGAUAAAGCAAGAUCAACUUUCAGUGACAGCUAAAAUACAAGAGGCCGCUUUUAAUGAAAUCGUCCAAAGCAAAAUAACAUUGAACUGCUCAGAUCAUAAAUUAGAUAAGAUACCUCAAGGACAUAACUUGGAAUCCACUGAAACUCCUGGCUUAAAAAUUGUCAAAACUUCACGAAAUAAAGAUGAAUCAAUCUGUUUGGAUGUUCUCACACAGGAAUUAUCACUACAUGAAGAUAAGUGUGAAAUCCAAAGAAAUGAACAAGAAAGUAACCAACCUUCUUCAAAAAACACUAAAUCAAGUAUUUCUUAUUGAUAAUG